GCACUUGUCAUUUGUCACAGUGACUUGUCAAUUUAUUGAGGCAUUUUUGUAAGGCACUAUUUCAACAAAAUUGUUAUUUUUUAUUUCACCACGUAGUCCACAAAAAUGUCCGAGAUAAAAAUAGUGGCGGCGAGUAUAGUUAAUUUUCUGAAGCAGCAGCUGGAGGGCGAAACGCUCAGCGUGGACUCGAGGGAGAGCGUGGAAGUCGGCGUGCAGUGCAUCGAGACCGCGUUCGAGCUGACCGCCGACGAGCUGGCGCGGGGGGUGGACCUGCUACAGCUGGUGCGGCAGCAGAAGGGCUCGCCGGCGCCGGCCGAGCGCGAUGAAGCAGAGCGGCUGAAGAACGAGGGCAACGAGCUGAUGAAGGCGGACCGGUACCGCGAGGCGCUCGCCAAGUACUCGCGCGCCAUCGAGCUGGACCCGCGCAACUCGGUCUACUUCUGCAACCGCGCCGCCGCGCACUUUAAGAUGGGCGCCCACGAGUCAGCGGUGGCAGACUGCACGGCCGCCCUGGCCCUGCAGCCCAACUACGGCAAGGCGCAUGGCCGCCUCGGCAUCGCGCUCACUGCACUGGACCGCCACGCCGAGGCGCGGGCGGCCUUCGCGCGCGCCUCGCAGCUCGAGCCCGACAACGAGUCCUACAAGCAAAACCUGCGCCUCGCGGAGGAGCGCCUCGCCUCGCGCGGCGGCGAGCGGCGCCUCGACCUCGGCGGCCUGCUCCAGAACCCCGCCUUGCUGAACAUGGCCACGGAGAUGCUGUCCGACCCCAACAUGCAGAACCUCAUCUCCGGGCUGAUGACCACCGCCGCGCCGCCGCCCGGCAACGGCGCGGCGCCGGCGGCGGGCGCGGGCGGCAUGAACGCGCUGCUGGAGGCGGGGCAGGCGCUCGCGCAACACAUGCAGUCCGCCAACCCCGACCUGGUGGAACAGCUGAGGAGACAGAUGCGCCCGCCCGGCCCUGGGGGCAACCCGCCGCCCGCGCAGUGAGCUUUAUAUCCGUGAAGCAGUGGCGUCCACAAAUCAACACUAUAUAACUACCCUGCUACGUGUAAAGGUUGUAUCUGACUCUUAAAUAUUUAGACUUUUGCAUAUUCGGCGUCAUGACAACACUACUGAGAUACUUUCAGAGUAAAAAGGUUAUAUCUUUGCAUUUACGUUUUUAAAACAAUACUGAUCCGUAGAAAGUUUGAUGCCAUUUAGUAAAUGGUAUUUCAUCUCUGUACAAUUUAUAUUUUUUGGAGGACUUUUACACUUAGUAGGGUAUAGAUAGUAUUUUUAACUACAAUCUACACAGCUAUAUCCCUAUUUAGUGCUCUUCAUCUUGCAUCAUCCUCCAAAACAAACUAACAGUAAUAGGAUCUUUCAAAUAAACUUUUAACUAAAUGCUAUCAAAUUGUCAAGUGACUGGUUUACAAUGCUCUUAAUGAUAAUGCAAUUAUUGAUUGCAGAUCAAUCUGCUACAAUAAUUAGACAGAUGUAUGCAAAUUAUGAGUAGUUAGGCAUUUGAAUAUUAUUUACACGCCAAGAUUCAAAAGUUGUAGAUGUGCAAGGUGAAGUGCACAAGUGUGGACAUAGCUUAUUAACUUGUACACUGUGUGCGGGUACACAAUGAUGUUCUUGUUACAACUGAUUGGGACAAUGUGUUUUGGACCUUUAACUAUAGCAGUGCCAGUUUUACUGUUUGGUAUUUUGUUGGUUUCAGUUAUUUAUUUAUUGUUUUUCUUUUAUUUUGUCUGGUUAUAUAAAGUAAAGAAGGCUAGUUAGGACAAAUUGUAAAAAUUAGGUAGCAGAGACGAGGACUGCUUGGGAUGCAAUACUAGAGUAUGAAACAUAAAUGUGUGCAUUUUAUAUUGAAGGGUAAAUAUUAAGGAGUUGUUCUCUGUUCAACUGAUAUAUCCUAGCUAAGAUAUAAAUAUUGGAUAUAAUAAUAAAUUUCAUUUUAAACAGUG